AUGGUGCGAGCCUUAUUUGCUCGCGCAGCAGCUCACAACGUGCUGGCGAUCAACAAAAGCAAAUUUGUGUUUGCCCAGCGGGCCGUAAAAUUCGGAGGAUAUUUCGUCGACGGUAACGGUUUCCACCCGGACCCUGAGCUCAUGCGAGCCAUCCACGAGUUCCAACGUCCACUUUCCAUCACCGACAUCCGAUCAUUUUUUUACUGUGCCAGCAGGUCGAGGACGACGCAGAAUGAUGCUGCUUUCGAUGCGACCAAAGUUCUGUUGUCAACGGUCAGUGAUUUGGCGCUUUACGACCCGUCACGGCCCACCAGCAUCCAUGUGGAUGCUUCGAGGCUCAACGGCCUCGGUUUCUUAUUAAAACAGUGUGAUGCUGCAAACGUGUGGCGUGUGGUUCAAGCCAGGUCUCGCUUCUUAUCGAGCGAUGAAAAAAGAUACGUGAUGAUCGAACUCGAGUGUCUUGGUGCUGCUUGGGCCAUGCAGAAGUGCCGACAAUUUCUGGAAGGGUUGCCGACUUUUGAGCUUGUGACAGACCACAAACCCCUGGUGCCAAUCUUAAACAGUUACGCGCUGGAAAAACUCGACAAUCCCUACGUCCUCCGUUUGCGCCUCAAAAUGCAGCGCUAUUCAGUUGUCGCUCGAUGGGUGCCGGUCAAAAAAAAAAUGGAUGCCGACGCUCUGUCGCGGGCACCCGUUGAUCGAGAAUCCACCGACGACGCCUCCGUCGAUCUGGUGUUGGAGAAAAUCCAGCGGGCGACAGCAGCCGACCCCGUUAUGAAGAAACUCAGGAUCCAAAUCGUCACUGGAUUCCCAAAUGACAAGUGUAAUUUGGACCUUGAUUUACGUCCGUACUGGAACGCGAAGGAACGUUUGGCCAUCGACGAGUCCGACGACAUGAUCGUCGUCGGACCCAGAGUUUUGAUCCCGCAAACGGUUCACGCAAACAUUUUACGGGACUUAGGGCAGAUGCACCAACUCGCGACGAAAACUCGUCAACACGCUCGCAUGUCCGUCUACUGGCCAAAUAUUGAUAAUGACAUCAUCAACACCACCAAAACUAUCCAUGCCGAUUUCGGCGAAAUUAACGGCGGCCAUUUUCUGGUCUUCGUCGACAGUUUCAGUGGUCGGCCUCAUUUGGUUGCAUUUCGCGACAAAAUCACAACGGCCCUUCAAGUGGUCGAACAAGAGCGAAAGCUUUUUUCAAAUGUUGGUGCGCACCCACUGACAUUUUGGUCCGACAACGGCCUCAAUUUGGAGCAGCAGAGUUCCGGUCAUUCCAGGCCAAUUGGGGGAUAA